AUGACUGCCAGUACCCCGCAGCUCGAUACAUCCCCCAAGCCCACUGAAGCGGCGACAACCGUCGUUCAGUCGCCGACUUCUACUUCUCGUUACAGCAAGCACAUUGUUUUAACUACCUACCCCGGCCAAAGCGGGAUCGAUCCCGUCCCUCUCGAAUGGGGCGCCCCCGAUGCCAAAUCCCGCGGUCCGGUGAUUGUCUCCCGUAGUCCGAACCUCCUCAAGCGUCGCAACGCUAUGGGCGCUCAUGGCGGAAGCUACAGCAUUUACAACGCUCUCGCGAUCGCGGCGGGCGACCUGGACCCGAAUUUCCGCCCGGACCUCCGCAACAGCGAGCCCACCUUCAAGUUUCCCGCGCAGCCCGCCUGGGGCGACAAGACCAAGAUCGUGUCCAUGGACCCCUACGGCCACGAUGUCGUCAACCAGUACCGGGACGAGUUGGAGGCCGGCUGGGACAUCCGGCCCACCAUGGCUGUCACGCGCGCGAACAUGAAGCUGGCGGAGAUUGGCGAGGCUGUGCGGGAGGGCAAGCUCGAUGUCGACGGCUCGAUUGUGGUGGACUCCGGCGGUGAGGUUCGCGUGACCAAGGUCGCCGUGGAGCCCGUCUGGUACCUGCCCGGAGUUGCGGAGCGGUUCGGCGUGGAUGAGGGUACGCUGCGGCGGACGCUCUUCGAGCACACGGGUGGAAGUUACCCUGAACUCAUCACGCGCCCAGAUCUGAAGGUCUUCCUGCCUCCGAUUGGUGGGUUGACGGUUUACAUCUUUGGACCUCCGGAGAGAGUCUCGGAUGAGAAUGUUCGGUUGGCACUGCGGAUACACGACGAGUGCAAUGGUAGCGAUGUCUUCCAAUCGGAUAUCUGUACGUGUCGUCCGUACUUGGCGUUUGGUAUCGCGGAGGCGAUCCGGGAGGCGCAGAAUGGCGGCAGCGGUGUGGUGAUCUACUUCCGGAAGGAAGGUCGUGCUCUGGGUGAGGUCAUCAAGUACCUGGUGUAUAAUGCUCGCAAGCGCGGUGGUGAUACUGCGGACAAGUACUUCACUCGCACGGAGAAUAUUGCUGGUGUUCGAGACAUGCGCUUCCAAGCCCUCAUGCCCGACAUUCUGCACUGGCUGGGUAUCAAAAAGAUCGACCGGAUGCUGUCCAUGUCUAACAUGAAGCAUGACGCCAUUGUUGACUCUGGAAUCAAGAUCUUGGAGCGUGUGCCUAUCCCGGAGGACAUGAUCCCGAACGACUCUCGCGUCGAGAUCGAUGCCAAGAUCAACGCAGGCUACUUCACCACCGGCAAACAGUACACGAUGGAGGAGUUGGCCGCUGUGAAGGGACGCGGUUGGGAGAAGUGGGAGGAUGUUACGGUAUGUGGUUUCCUGUUUUGGUUUGAAUGCCACCGAGACUGA